UUGAAAUUUAUGCCGCCAUGUUUGGCCAUGUUGCAUUAUGAGGAAUAAUAAUGGCGAGAAAGCCGAGAAAUGCUGCUCUUCUGUCAAGAUAAUUCGCGAUAAUGGCUACGGCUGACGUAUCAAACUGCGAUGAGGAACACAAACCUGAGAAGACUGUCUACAAACGCAGGUCAUCGAUUUUUCACACACAGAGUAUAACGUGCGAUGAAGCUUCCGCAGGAGCUGGUGAAAUUAUAAAUGGUAAAAGGAAGUUUACACCGGAGGAGAAUAAAGGUGACUUGAAUGUUCAGAAUGACGUCGACACUUUUAAUCUGAAAGAAUACACGAAGAAACUUAAGGAUGAACGAACAAAUUGGCAAGAAGAAUACAGGAGACGCAAGAUUGAACGGAGAGACUUGGCCAAAGAGAAAGCGAGCAUGGAGGAAGAAGGACAGACUCUUGAUAUAAAUAUAUUGUCGGAAUCUGAAAGGACUUUUCUCUUGAAGCGUCCUAAUUACGAAUACUUUUGCAAGAAUAAUCAGAAAUUAUUAGACGUCGCACUGAAGAUCUCAAUGCUCAACCAGCUUGUGCGUAAAUUAAAUCAAAGAUUUAUGGAAAAAAUGGAGGACAACAUAUCCCAGAGCACCAGAAGCAUCAUAGAGAUGUCGGAACGAUGAGGCAGGUGUAUUUUAAGUAUUAUUGGUUUAUUCUUGCAAUACUACCGUACUUCUCACACACACACACACACACACACACACACACACACACACACAUAAUAGGAGAACUUCGUAGUAAAAAUAUAAAUAACAUUUAAAUUAUAAUUAAAUACGACGACACUACACACGAUUGAUUGUACAAUACAUAUUGCGUGUGAUGAUUGGAUUCAUGGUGCACGUCCAUGAUUCACAGAGACGAGGUGCAUAAUAAAUAUGAAAUAAUUUACC